UGGUUUCGGCCAAAAUCAAGGUGCUGUGUUUGACACCAUGCUUGAACACCACUUCCCGUCUUUAGAAAAUAACGUUUGAUUUUUUUCUUUUUAACCCGUAAUUUUCCACCCCUUACACUUUCGUUUUUCAUAUCAUUAGUCUUCUUUAUUUAGUUUUACAUCCAAAUUCAGUUCGUCACUAGGGUUUCUUAUUCCAUUGGAUUGGAACAUGCCAACUCUGUCCCUCCCCGCAUUUAUUUUAUUUUUUGCUUCUGAAACACGGAAUUGAAGCCCUAAUCCUUCGAUUUUGCAGCCCUUUUAUUGUGCUGCUCUCUUGCUUUUGACAUUCAGACUCAAGGCCGCAACAGACUGAGCUUAUUAUUUACUAGUAUCAAUUGUGGCUGGAACAUAGUUUAUUUAUCCCUAUUAACAAUCGAGGAGACAUGUCUUUAGAGAUCAAUAUCUUAUUGUGAGAGCAGAAUAUACUGAGCAGCUUCUCAAUUUUCUGAAGCUGCUAAAUUUCUGGCUGGUGUUGUAUAUACGAUUGAAAAUGCACUUGAAGUGGAAGCAAGCCUUGCUGUUUUUGUUGUAUUUCAUAUUGUUUCUUGGUUAUGCCAAAGCAGAGUCUGAACAUGAAAUUGCACAGAAGUUGAUAUCAGCUCCUCGCAAGAAUGUACGAAGUAACGUUAUUGAUGGUGUAGGAACUGAAAGUUCUUUCAGUUUGGACGAAACACGUAGUGGUGGAGUGGGUGAGAGGAUUAGUGGAGGUAGCAAAGUUUCGGUCUCAACUGUUGCUUUGUUUACAUUAGCUAUGGCAGCUGCUACUGGUUUAGGUGCAGUACCAUUUUUCUUUGUGGAGCUUGGUCCACAGUGGGCUGGAUUAUGCAAUGGAAUGGCUGCUGGUGUGAUGUUGGCAGCGAGCUUUGAUCUCAUUCAAGAAGGACAAGAGCACGGUGCUGGCAAUUGGGUUGUGAUUGGGAUUUUAGCCGGGGGCAUUUUUAUCUGGCUUUGUAAGCAGUUUCUUGAGCAAUAUGGUGAAGUAAGCAUGUUAGAUAUAAAAGGCGCAGAUGCAACAAAGGUUGUUCUUGUCAUUGGGAUAAUGACUCUUCAUUCAUUUGGGGAGGGCUCUGGUGUUGGAGUUUCAUUUGCUGGCUCCAAGGGUUUUUCGCAAGGCCUUCUGGUAACUCUGGCUAUUGCAGUGCACAACAUACCAGAAGGAUUAGCUGUCAGUAUGGUGCUUGCAGCAAGGGGAGUGUCUCCGCAGAAUGCCAUGUUAUGGAGUGUUAUAACAUCAUUGCCUCAGCCACUUGUAGCAGUUCCUGCAUUCAUAUGUGCAGAUGCAUUCAACAAGUUUCUGCCUUUCUGUACAGGCUUUGCUGCCGGAUGUAUGAUCUGGAUGGUUGUUGCUGAGGUACUUCCUGAUGCAUUCAAGGCAGCCUCUCCAUCACAGGUUGCAUCAGCAGCUACUCUCUCUGUUGCAUUUAUGGAAGCUCUUAGCACUAUGUUUCAAAGUUUCACCCAUGACUACAACUCAGAGGAUGCUUCUGGCUUCUUUGUUUCCCUACUUUUUGGUCUUGGGCCAUUGCUUGGUGGAAUUGUUCUGGUUGCAUUUUCUUUGGCUUUUCGUCUGCAGCAUGCUCUUCUCAUGGGUGCAGCAUCAGGCAUUGCCUUCGUCCUUGGUGCUUGGCGACCACUGCAGCUACUUUUCUCUGCAAAGAUGGGGGUUAUUCCUCUUUUGUUUUUGCUUGCAGCAGGUGCUAUUUUUAUUCAUGCUGUAAGCUCCAAUAUUCUUGGGCUUGCUAGUCGCAAAAAAACAUCAGUGAAUGACUUGUCGACAGCUAGUGGUUUCCAAGUGAGCAUUCAUACUCUGCAUUCAUUCUUAUCAUGUGGAGCGGUUGCCCUUCACGCUUUAGCUGAAGGGCUUGCACUUGGAGUAGCUGCACCAAAAGCUUAUGGACUUGGUCGGCACAUGGUCCUUCCAGUCUCUUUACAUGGUCUCCCUCGAGGAGCAGCUGUUGCAAGCUGCAUUUGGGGUGCUACUGACAGCUGGCAAGCAUCCCUUGCGGCUGCUGCCCUAAUUGGUUUCAUGGGUCCAAUGUCUGCAAUUGGAGCAAUACUUGCAGGAAUCGGCUAUAGUGGUUUAGACCAUGUGAUGGUGUUUGCUUGUGGAGGGCUACUACCAAGUUUCGGAAAAAUAAUCAAGAGAGCUGCGAGGUUGGACUUGCGGAAAUCUAUUUGUGGCCUCAUUAUAGGAGUGGGGUUUGCCACCUUGUGUUUGACGUGCACCAAAUUAGUUUGCUUGCAUACACCUUACUGCAAUUCUGCACCAGAGGCUGUUAGAUGAGAUUGAGUGUGCUAGGGUUGUGUACACUAAUAUUCGGUUGUGAUUUGGAAGGUUGAUAGAUUUAGAAGCUGUCAUUAGGCGAACAAGUUUGGUGCACCUGUAGUUGAAGCCUUUUCAUUUAAUGAGAAUUCGUAUACAGAGGUGUAUGAAGAAGCUUUUCUUCAAAUCUGUAUGUCAUCCUAUACUUUGAGAGCCAAGCUUUUCUACGGUACACCCUCAAAGGUUGAGCAUAAUCAACCUUUACUUUUUGACAUGCACUUCAGCAUUUCAUAAAUUGAUAAUUUUAGUUUUUAUUUUAUUUUAUUGAUUUUAAAGAGAGAGAGGUGAUACAAAUCUCCUUGUUGGCUACCAUUUGAGCUGUGAAUCAUGGAAUCAUGAACAUAAAUUUAAAACUAGAAAGGCAAGGUGGCUGUGAUUAUUAUGAUAUUGUAUACCUCGAACAAUUGACCGUAGUUGACACUGACCUUUUUCUUCUGUA